CGUACGUGUGUAUUGACGUAGUAGUAGUAGGUAACGAGAGAAGAAUUAAAACAGGUUGAUACGUUGUCGAAAAAAAACGCGUUAAUACGUCGGACAAUUAAAAAUUCGCAGGUAGAGAAGCUGGGAGACUGUACGAGGAUUAAGUAUACAUUCCAACUGGCCCGCAAGUUUUCUAUGAUUUACUCAUUCGUCGCGAAAAUGUUGUUUUGGAAACACAUGCUCGUUCUUGUGUAUGCCUGUGCACUGCUGUGUAGAUUAUAGUUGCAAACUUGAAAAACCAGUAUUACAUAAAAUUUUUUGUAAAACAUUGCCGCUUAUUAAUGAGCUAUCGAAUGUGUGAAUUUAGUCGUUAUAUUCAACGAUUACAUAGUUGACGAUGAACACGACCGAAUCGCGAACGUGAAGCCUUCUUUUUUUUUUAGUAUUUUAAAUCGAAAUGAAAUUUAUAAUUUUAUUGUGUCUUGUGUCGUGUGCCAGCGCUAAUCAUCGAGUUAAACGUAUCGUAGGCGGUGAAAAGGCCGCUAUACCGCAAGCUUUGAAUUUAGAAGAUGUCAAUCUACCCGACGAUUCGGAAUCCGAUGGACCUUCUUUGAUCGACGAAACCGAAUCUACCAAUUUUUCAGCCGAUGGAUUAGAUUACGUGGUGGUUGUGAAUGAAGAAUUCAGAAAAUCCAAAGUUACCGGAGUUAAAGAACGCAAUGGGCAGGUUUCAUUCAGAGGUAUUAGGUAUGCCGAACCUCCUGUUAAAAGGGGUAGAUUUGCGAGACCUGUGUUGAAAUAUAUGAAUGGCGAAAUUGACGCUACGAAGUACGGUAGUCCUUGUUUACAAAGACAAUAUUCGAGCACUGUUGGGGAUGAAGAUUGUCUGUUCUUGAAUGUUUAUACGCCUAGUGUUAAAGCUACUGGUUUACCUGUGUUCUUCUGGAUACACGGAGGAGGGUUUAAAUCUGGAUCUGGCAAUCAAUACGCAGCUGCGGCUUUGGUGGCCAAAAAUGUGAUCGUUGUUACCAUUAAUUAUAGGUUGGGGACGUUGGGUUUCUUAGGCACCAAUGAUCAAGUAAUAUCCGGUAAUUCUGGCUUGUUUGAUAUCAGAGCCGGAUUCGAAUGGACCAAAAGAUAUAUUAAAUAUUUCGGCGGAGAUCCGAAAAAAAUAUUCCCUGCUGGACAAGGAAGUGGUGCCAGUGUUGCUACUUUGUUUGCUCAAUCUAGUUUCACUUCAGAUGGCGUCAAAGGUGUCAUAGCCAUGAGCGGUUCUGGGCUUUCUUCAAGCGCUGUCAAUUAUUCGCCUAAUAAUACCUUUGAAUCUGUAGCGACUAUGUCUCAAUGUUCUGAGUACCAAGAUUCGUUGAAAGUUGUCAGAUGUUUACAAGAUCUCGAUGUUAAUGCUAUCUUGGAAACUGACAGCACGAUUCAGCAAAAUUCCCUCAAUGAAGGAGGCUUCGUUAGCGCUUUGACUGAUUUACUUGGAAGUGGUCCAGUCAUCGAAGGAAAGAACGACGAUCGAUUUUUAUCAUUUUUCUUGAAUGAUAAUCCUUUAAAUGCUUUACAAGCUAAACAGUAUCCUAAUGUGCCUUUACUCAUAGGAACCACGAAACAGGAAACUGGAAAAUUGAUCUCAGGACCCUUCUAUGAUGAGGUUAUUAAUAAAGCUAACGAUCCUAAUUUCUUGAAGAAAUCAUUACCUCAAGCUUUAUUGAACAAUAAUAAAGGAUUGUUCACAAAUGGAAGUGUGAAUGAGUUAUUGAAGAAUUUAUUCGAAAAUGGCGAUUACUUGAACCUUAUUUCGUCGACGGUCGUGAACGUUGCAAAUAUCUUUAUAAAAGUUAUCGAAGAAACCACCGACGCCUUGUUCAAUUUACCAGCAGCUACCACAUCGUUAUUAUGGAAUAAAGUCGGAGGACCUGUGUAUUUCUACAGUUUCGAACACGCUGCCUCGCUCAAAACUCCUAUUACCUUUUUAGAUAAUCCAUUAUACGCACAGCCUGCCGGAGGAAAAGAAAAAGGUACCUACCUACCUACAUCGUGUUGCUCGAAUCAAUUUGAUGAAAUUUCCUCUGAUUUAGUUGCCAGCCACGGAGACGAUCUCAUAUUCUUAUUCGAACUACAAUCUCUGGAAGGCCAACCGAUCGCUGGAUCCGAACUAACAGAUCCGAAAGAUAAAAAAGUCAAAGAAAUUUUCGUGAAUUUAAUCGCCGAGUUUCUUCUGAAAGGAAAACCCAAAAUAACCGAACUGAAAACAGACUGGCCUCAAUUCGCCAACGAGAACAGCUACGUCAUCAUAUCACCUCAGCCUCAAAUAAGUAAAAGAUUCCGUUACUGCGAGCUCGCCUUAUGGGGAGGUUUCGUCGACAGAUUCCAAGACCCUACUUGUAAAUUCCCCGGAAUCGAUAACAUCUUGAAAUCGAUCCCGAAUCUGAACGAUUUACUGAAAAACAACCUGUUAGCCGAUCAGAAUUUGAAUCUGGCUAAUAUUCAAAACGCUUUGAAAUCCGUCGUCACUACACCACCUCUUUUAGGCGGUAAUAACGGUGGUCUUCUAGGAGGCCCUAAACCAGGAGGUGGUGGAGGUCUCCUUGGAGGUGGCUCGAAACAAGGCGGUGGAGGGCUUCUAGGAGGAGGCUCGAAACCAUUAGUGCAUUUGAGAGUUUCAGCAUUAGUAAAUGGAUAAAAUGUGAUAGAUUUUCAUCGUAAACGAUGUACAUAUGUUAUAAGAAAAGACAAGUUUUUUCCAUUUUUUUUAACGAUCAUUUUUCUCUUCGACAUGAUGAUUUUGUAUUAUUUCAGCAUUCAUUACCAAUAAAUCGAGAUUUUAAUUAUU